CUCCUCCCUUCCAGCAAAAAAGAGAGAGAGAAGACCCACGGAAGAGUUUCUCCUCCUUUCCUCCUCCUUCUCGGAGGGUCCAAAGAUCCACGGUCCUGCGUGGCGUGGACUUUCCUCCCUCCCCAAAUCCACAAGGAAGGAGGGGGAAAAAAAGGGACAAGAUCUUUUCUUUUUUUGGUGGGGAGAAAUCAAGCCCAGCUCUUUCCCCAUCCGGAUCCACCCAAGAAGCCCCCACGCGUGGAAAGGUGUCACACUGAUUCCCCCUCCUUCUCAAAGGUUUCGAAGUGAAGGAUUUUCGCUUUGUCCGAAGGCAGCAGAACCCAAGAUCUUUUGUUUGAUGAGCAUCUGAAGUCUCACAUGGUGGAUGUACAAAUAUACCAUUCUGGAAAUAAGGGAGGGCCUCUCCAUGCUCGUUUUGAGAAACUGGCCUGUGCAUUGUAAAUUGACCCAUGAGUUUUCCAAGGGAAUUGGAAAAUCCAGUGCAACGUGGCAACAGCUGAACUUACUCCCAUCUGUAGAAUAAUCAACCACAACCCACCCCAUGCAUUUCCUGGAAUGGAGGAAAUUAUAUUCCCAACAGCCAGAGCCUAGACCAGCUUUGAGCUUGGCUGAACCACAGCUGUGGUUUGGCUUGGAGAUUUCGGCAACACCCUCAAGAUCUGAAGUACCGCAAAUCAGAUCGAUGUCGGCUGGGAGGAAACAUACUAUGGUUAUCUCUUUCCUUUCAAAUGGCAGCUGAUCUCAAAGAAUCACAGAUCAACUAAAGAUCUAUUCUUAAGCACCCGUUUCUGUUUUAUUUUUUAAAGAAAGCACUCCACAAUAUAUAUUUAUUUAUUUCUCUGAGCCAGGGAGAGAGUGCGGUUUCUCUCCCUCUCGCCAUGUUCUUCAGCCGUGCCAAAUCGUGGCUGCCUGGUCUGCCUUGGCGAAGGCCAAAGGCAGAAGAUGUUUGGGGCAAGCCUCAGGAGGACUGGAAGGAAGGGUUCGAGAAGACGCCGCCCCGCGCGCCUCCUCCUUCCAAAGCGAGAUGGUGGAAUGGGCGGCGGAUCUUGGAAGCCAUCGGCUGGGGCGAAAACGCUACUGGCGGAGCUCACUCCUUGCUGGCCAGCAUACCUCAGCACCUGACCCCACCGAAGGCCUCCAUGGAGUCGCCGGAGCAUUUCCAGAUCUGCUUCAACUUUGCCCGCCACCUCUUUGACCUUUGCGUGGUGACGUUGCUGUGCGCUUCCUCACCAGCUUUCCGGCUAGUUUUGGACAUUGUGGGAUUCGGGGGUUCCAUUAAGGUUUGGCUCCACGGCUUUGCCUGCUUCUUGGUCACCGCCUACGGCAUGUACUUAGCCCUCUGGCUAGUGCAGGAGUACCUUGUGCAGUUUGCGUGCCUCUACGGCUUCUUACAGACCCUGGUUUUGUGCGUCAGCAUCCGGGCAGGACCGCCGGAGCCCCAAGAAGAUGAACAGAGUGCUGACCUUGAUGCGACGAAGGGAGAGGCAGGCAAGGAAGAGGAACCGUCGGCUACUGACACAUGUAAACAAUAACUGGCGUGACGAGGAUGUAGGCGUCCUUAAGCCACCUCUUGGUAUUUCUAGCCACUUCCUCUUAUUUAUUGGGGAAGACAUGUGGGAUGGAAACCAAAGAGAAUAAUGGGACCGUCUUCCAGAAUAGUCAGGAAGAAGGAGCUGAUAUCUUUUGUUUGGGAUGGAGGUUUUCAACCUGUGGAUCCCUGGAUGUUUUGGCCUUCAACUCCCAGAAAUCCUAACAGGUUGGUAAACUGGUUGGGAUUUCUGGGAGUUGUAGGCCAAAACACCUGGGGACCCACAGGUUGAGAAGCACUGGUUUAGGAUGUCUGGACAAAUGAUAUGUUUGCUUAUUUGGAAAACAUCACCGACUGAUACAGGGAAUAUGAUCUUGUGUUACCAAACCUUUUGACUGCAAUGGAUUCCCCAGUCCCAACUUAUGAGCUGCGAUGAGGCAAAGUGACAUUUGUUUGGGAAGGGAAAUCCAUGUGCAGUGACAGCCUUCAGCAGGUAUCAAGGAGGGAAUGGGUGCAGGAUACAUUACACAUAUUUACCAGUGUUAAAUUGGUUUUCCCAUCAUAAGAACUGGGUAGUUAUAUUUGGAAAGCAAAGUAGAGGUCAUAAGAUCCCUUCUUGGAUUCCUUGACAGAGAACCAUGCAGCACUUGCUGAAGUUUGCAUGACACUUCCUAAAAAUUCUGUUCCCUUAGUGCUAAAAGGUCACCUUGGCAAGCUCUGUAUUUGGCCAUUGGUUUAUGUUUCCAGUCCAGACAUGCACGUAUGAAGCACACUCAGCUCACAAUUUCACAGGAGAACAUCUUCAUCGAGUUUUUGGAUUUUCACAGAACUAUUAUUUACACUGACCUUGAGUUUUUUGCUUAAUUUUCAAGGUAGAGAUUAUGUCUUCGGUUUGUAGAGAGCACACGUUACAGUGGGUCUGACACACCUGCUUUAGUUCAGUUUUGGGACCUACCACAGAUAUGGAAAAACAUGGAUAAUCAUGUCCCAUAUUAUUCUUAAAUUGGGGGUGACAUAGAUGUGCACACUUUAAUGC